AGAGAGGAGAGGGUGUGGGGAGCCACAGGGCAGGGCGGGUGAUGGAGCCAGGUUCCCAGAGCCCUGCAGAGACAGCCUGUGGGCACAGCCUUCUUCUCCCUGCUGCUUCUGCCAUGGGCACGAGUGGAUGGCCCAUUCACCAUGAACUGUGACCCCUGCCCCGGCAUUCCUAGGUGGUCCUGUGUCCCUCGCUGAGGAUCUGACAGCCUGGUUGCUUCCUCAUAUCUGAUGUGCUUAAUCCUCAUGGAGCUACAUCUGUAACCAUGGUGACGCGGGUCGAAGUUGGCUCUAUUGCAUCCCUGAGGGCGGGGCCUGGCCUCGGUGACAUCAGCAGGGAGAAAGCCCUGAAGAGAACAUACUUUGGCCAGACUGGGGAUGCCCCUGGGGCCCCCUCCACUAGAGUCCUGAGUACAGAAAGCCCCCUGCGGACCCACCUGUUCCCUCUGCCCCUUGCUCCCAAGCCUUUCCUUAAGGAGCAGGUCCUCGAGAAAAAGACUCCUGUCACAUCUUCGUGGGCUGGUGCCACCCAGUCCUGUCCUUCAGCUGAGAUCGACAUGAGAGAGGCUAAAGAAGACGUGGCUAAAAGGAUGCCGGGCUUAGCCGGACAGGAGGCAGGCAGAGGAGUGGCCCUGCCAAAUGGCCCAUCUGUAUCUAACAAGGCCACCUUCCUGAAGUCUGGCCCCAGCACCGUGGGCCUCUUUGAAACGAACAAACCCGGACCCAACCUGGGCAGAGGAACUAGUGAGGGGAGCCGGGAGGCCAGCUCCCGCACAGCCCAGGCAUCUCCCUUAAGUGCCAGGCCUGAGGUGGCCGCCAAGCCUGCCCUCCCAGCUCGAAAGCCCCCAGUGACUCUGCCCCGACCCACUUCCCUGUCAAAGGACGCUGGGUCUGACGUGUCCCAGAAGUUGGCAGGCCAAGCCCAACCUUUGCCAAAGGCCCACAGUGCGGAGGACCCUACUGGCCGGGCUCCAGAGGCCAAGUCCCAUCCGAAGAGACGUCCCAUGUCAGCAGUGUUCAGCGAGUACCAGCCGCCCCCAAAGCCAGGCCCAGGUGGAGUGGCAGUCACGGGCAAGGUCCCCCCUGUCCCUCCGGAGAAGACGUGGGUGAGGAAACCCAGGCCUCUGUCUGUGGACCUGACUGCUGUGUUUGAGAGCAGAGAGACACUGCUGAGGAAGGUGCCCGGUGUGCAGAAUCCAGUAGAGAGCCAGGGCCCAGAGAAGACCUGCGUGCAGCCCAAGGGCAACGCCGAGGGCCCUGUCUGCAUGGAGGUCACCCCUCAGGACCCCGACUCCGACUUCCAGGAGGUGGCCGAGAGGCUCCAUGUGCGGAGGGAGAGGACCAUUCUCAAACAGAUCGAUACGGACAGCCCUAGGGUUCCCCAGGAUGAGGAAAGGCCAGACCAGCAGUCAGAGAAGGAGCCAGGGUCCCCUUUGCCCAGGCCAGGAAGAGGCCUGGGACUGGCUGAGGUCAAGGGUGGAGGGUCUGAGCAGGAGGCUCCUGCAGGGACAGAGAAGAAGUCUGCAGGGACCAUCAGGAAGCGUCUCAGCCUGUUUGAGGAAGAGACUGCUGUGGCCUUGGUGGUGGUGUCCGAGCCCUCUCCUGGUUCCCCUGCGUCCCCAUCCACAGUGCCAGAGUCGGAGAGAACUGGUGUGAAUGUUCAGGCUCGGAUCAAAGGCUGGACUGUGGAGAGCACAGGGGCGAAGCCGGAGGUCAGGAGAAGGACAUCCCAGGCGCGGCCAUUGUCUGUGGAUUUGACCAAACCGUUCUCACGAUCACCUUCCUGCAGUGCUCUGCUGGGUGGCGAGCUCCCUGGGGAGAGGAGAGAAAAGCAUACGGAAGGACAUGGUUUGGAUGGAACCCCCACCACAAAAAGUUCCUGGAAGUCUGGGGUUCCCCAGAAGACUAGGCAGACGGAACCCAAAGAUGCCUCUGGCCAGGACCCUGACAAGUGUCAGCGUAAAUACUCACCAGGAGACCCAGGCCCUUCUGAAGUCAGUCCAGAAGAUGAUGGAAGCUUCCAGAAGGUGUGGGCCACGAUGUUUGAGCAUCAUGUGGAGAGACACACAGUGGUUGACCAGGCAGGCCAUUGUCUCUCACCUACAUCCCCUCAUGAUGUGACUGACAUCCCAGAUCCCAAACCCAGGCCUGAGAAAGGCUAUUGGCUAGGGAGGGACCCUCCCGGAGUAAUAAGCAAGAGAGACAGCUCUAGGUGGUCCAGCCAUGCUGACCCAGGGAUGCUGGGACAAGCUGUCCUUGUGGAUAUAGAGCCAAUACAGUAUCCCACAUCUGUCCCUGAGACACAGGCCAUGGGAGAAGGGCACAGCAGUCACACUGUCCUGACACAUCAAGAAAGUUCCCCUGUGUCCCAGAGGAUCCAGCCCAAGUAUGACAUUGUGCAUGCCACAGGGGAGCGAGCACACAGUGAAGCAGUCUCCAGGGUGCCCGAGGAGAAGGCGGUGACGCUACGCAGUGGCAGACCCCGGCUCUCACUGCAGGGUCGGCAGCUGUCCCAGGAGGUCAGCCCUGCUCACCUGGAAUGUGCUCUGCAGGCUCAUGGAGGUGCUGUCCAGAGGGCGAGUUCAUUAUGGGCAGCUCGGGGUCAGGAGGUUAGUGGAUCAAAGCUUGACUGUCAACAGUCACAGGAUGGAUUUGGGGGCAGUUUCCCGCCCUCCAAAUGGACAGGAGGGGUCGUGACAAGCUGGCGCAGCGCCUCUGUGGUCGGCAGAGAUCUCGAUGGACCCAAAAUAGGUCCAUCCUGGGAUCGCUCUUCAAAUCCUCCAUCCAGGGCCACUGCUGAACCCUGUGACUCCCUAGUACAGGAAAGGCUGAACUCAUUGUCUCUGCAGAAAGGUCCCCUUGAAGUAGCCAGUGACGAUAACCCAAGGCUGGCCCAGGCAGUCCAGCCUGAAGUCAGAAUGCGGAGAUCCAACCCUUCAGAGCCAAGGAUGGACAGGUGGAGGCGGCGGACUCUGCCACACGAUGUGAAGUUUGAUGCGUUCAGCCUCCUCACACCAGAGAACACUUCCAAAGGGCAACAGACACCUGCAGAUGAUGUGACCUCCUCAACCUGUGCCUUAAAGAGACCUCCAUUGUCCCACCACCAGGCACAAACUCGGGAACUGACGCCAGGAGCCUCACAAAGUCGGACUUGCCCCAUGGAGAAGCCGGGGCCAUCUGCUGAACCCAGUGCAACUUUCUUUGCCGUGACUUACCAGAUUCCCGAUAUUCAAAAGGCCAAGAGUGUUGUUAAACCAGGGCCUGAAAAUGUGUCAGAACCUCCUAGAAGAAUGACUCCCCCUCUGUCACCUUGCUCUUUUACGUCUACUUUGGCUUCUCCUAGCCACGAAGAGCCACGGGCUCCUGCCAGCAGUAAGGGCUGGGCCAAGGGCAGAGAACAUGAAGAAGGAAAGGGCCUUCCAAAACACCUGAAGGCCACAGAGCAGCCACCAUCUGCUGGGGACAGGAUUCUGGAUCCUUCUAGGGACAGAAUUAUUGAUGUGGAUGCUCUGGGGAUUCAUCGAGGGUCAGAGGAUGAAACUGCGAAGGACAACAGGACCAGGGCAUCUUCAGGCGUGGGUGCCCCACAGACCUCCCCGGUCCUAAGGCGCCCCAAAAGUCUCCUGGUCAGAAGGAGGACAGAGGUGAUCAGCGAGACAUUCCCAGGGAAGGUGAGAGAUGGCUACAGUCUGGCGUCCUCGACAUUGAUGCUCUGAUGGCCGAGUAUAAAGAGCAAUCAAGCAGAAACCUCAGCAAGGCUCAGGAGCAGAGGGGAAGUCCUCCAGCCGAGCCCAGUGGCUCCCCUCAGGAGAGAUCAGGUUGGCCCAAGGAGGGGGAAUGGAGACGGAGGAGCCUGAAUGAAG